CAGAGAAAAAGCUGUGGCAAACAUAUUGGAGCGAAUCGCUUUGGAGUGAGAAGACUACGUUGGAGCAUGCGACAAUUGCGACAUGAACGAACUAGAGAAAAACGCGGAUGCAUCCAUCCACUGCAUCCACGGACUCACGUAGACCCGCGAGUGCCGCGAGUCACGUUCUACGCAAAUUCCGGCGGGAUUCGUAUGUUAAUACGUCGCCGAUUGACAAUCUUGUCCAGAUAUGAAUUCAUCAAUGAUGAUCGAAAAGUCUGCGAAGGGCGAGGCAAAAGUCGCCAAAGUGACAGAUACUCAGGACGAUCCGUACUACGUGGAAAAAUGUGCUCGUUGGAUUCGGACAAAUGCAUUGAAACAGGUAUGUCUACAAUUUCCCGACGACUUGUUACCGAACUCAAUAGACAUUGCACUACGUUUAGAGAAAAGCGUAGGACAAAAAGUAUACAUCUUAGGGGAUACAACUUGCGGUAGUUGCUGUAUUGACGAAGUGACAGCGCAGCACAUUGGUGCAGAUGGCAUAAUACACUUUGGACACGCCUGUCUUAAUCCCACCACACGUUUGCCAGUCUUUCAUGUUUUGCCAAGAAAGGAAUUAAACACAACAGAGCUUAUUGAUGAGUUCAAGCGAGUUUUCUCUGAUUGCACGAAAAAGAUUAUAUUUUUCUACGACGUGGCGUAUGCACAUAAAAUUGAACAUAUACAUAAUAUAUUGAAGCCUAUAUAUAAACACUUGAUAUUAUCAAAAUUAAAUUGCACAUCGAACGUGGAAUAUACUGAUACAAAAACGAGUUUGACCUCAGUUAUCUUAGGUAGAAAUUACAGUUUAGAAAAUGGAUACAAUAUACAGGAUUAUGAAGGGUUCUUUUUGGGCGAGAAGGAAAAGACUCUUUCAUUAAUGGCGAUGAGUAUACCUGUGAAAAGAUGGUAUUCGUUUACAAAUGGUAAAAUUAGUGAGUUUGAAGCAUUAAAUACGCCUUGGUUAAAACGAAGAAGAUAUCUAAUAGAAAAGCUAAGAGAUGCAAAAGUGGUGGGAAUUGUAGUAGCCACAUUAGGCAUUCAAGAUUAUUUAACAGCUAUAAACACGGUGAAAAAAAUUCUCAAGCAGAAAAAUAAAAAAUCUUAUCUUCUUAGUGUAGGAAAAAUAAAUCCUGCCAAGCUUGCAAAUUUCCCCGAGAUUAAUGCUUUUGUUGUGAUAGCUUGUCCAGAGAAUGAAGUAUUUGAUUCGAGAGACUAUUUCAAGCCUAUGCUUACAGUAUACGAAGUUGAAUUGGCAUUUAACAGCGCGAGAGAGUUCUGUCCACAAUAUUUUAUGGACUUUCGGCAGGUAUUACCCGGUGGUCAACACUAUGUCGAUUUUAAGCCAUCAGUGGACUCGGAUAUCUCUCUCAUUACUAGUAAUAUCAGAAAUUGCGAGGAUGAUACUUUAUAUACAGAUCAAAUGAAUGCUUUGACAGUGCGUUCAUCAGGUACUGUUGCCAUUGGUAAGGCUGGAGCUCAAUAUCUACAAGAAAGAUCCUGGAAGGGUGUCGAACAAAGACUUGGUGAAGAUCCGGUACAGCCAGCAGAAAUUGGUCGCACUGGAUUAGCGUGGGAAUAUACGAAUGAAACUUUAAAAACAGACAAAAAUAACGUACAAGUAGAAUAAAUAUAGUAUUUUUAGGUAUA